GCACUUUUUAACACUGACACAGUAACCGAAAAGAUCAGAGUGAGCACCACCGUUUGGGGUCAGCAUGGGCAAGGUUCGUGGGUCUCCAGCCAUCGCUCUCCAUCCCAUACACGAUCUGCUUGUCGUCUAAACUCUCCUUCUUCAUUUCACCGUCCUUUACAUCUCCUCCAGGGCAAGAAGAAGCAGUCAAAGAAAAGUCAUAAGCGCCACGCGCCCAAGCAGAACGGGACCCCCACCCCAGCCCCGGAGGAAGUCGUAGCGCCCUCAUCCAGCCAGAGCCUCAGCAUCAAUGGCUCGGGGAAAACCGGGAGACCGUUAACGAACGGCACGGUCAAGCGCAUGGACCGUAACAAGCAGCGAGCGAUCGUCAAGCGCCUCAUGACACAGGCAGAUCAGCAAGGACUGCAGGUGGGGGACAAGCGCUUCGUGCUCUCGGCCAAGUGGUGGGAGCGCUGGUGCGAGUUCGUGGGCUAUGACGAUAAACAGGAAACACCCGCGACUGGGACAGGCAACCCGGCACCCAGUCGCAUCAACAAUCUUCCGCUUCUCCACGUUGGGUCAGACACGCCUCUGGACGAGCUCAUGGGCGGCCCUCUACGGCCACAACUGAAGGAGAACUAUCACUAUGUGCUUAUCCCUCAAGAAGUCUGGGAUGCACUACUCAUUUGGUACGGUGGAGGACCUACCAUUGCACGGUUUGUCGUACAGGUCGGAGACCCGGAGCUCGGCAACGCGUUUAACCGCGUGCAGGUCUAUCCGGAGCAACCGCAAGACGAAGAGCCUGAAGUUACGACGAAUGGCACGAAAGACAGUUCGAUGCAGAAGAAAAGCGAAGUCAAUGGUAACAAGGAGGACUCUGGAGAUGGAGCCAAGCUGGCUGUGCAGCGUAAACCGGUUGCCGUGUCCAGCUCGAUCCCAAAGAUCUGUGGAGCCUGCAGGAAAACGACGGGCUCGCUGAAGCGAUGUGGAAACUGCCAAUUGAUCUGGUACUGCGGCGCAAACUGUCAGAUGUCGCACUGGAAAUACCACAAGGGUGUGUGUCGCUCGACGCUUACAGCUGAGGAGAAAGAGGAUGACAUUUUGCAGGGCUUGCAGGCAGAACGUCGAGGUAAAAUGGGUCUUCGCAACUUGGGAAACACGUGCUUUAUGAACUCGGCGCUGCAGUGCUUGAGUCACGUAGAGUUGUUGACGCGCUAUUUCUUGAGCAACCAGUACAAGAAGGACUUGAACCGCGACAACCCGUUAGGAACAGGUGGCAACCUAGCUGAGGAGUACGAUGCGUUACUGAAGGAACUGUGGUUCGGUACAGUACCCAGCACAUCGCCUGCCAACUUGAAGCGAGCUAUCAGUCGCUUUGCACCACAGUUUUCUGGUUUCCAGCAGCAUGACGCGCAAGAGUUGCUUGCAUACAUCAUCGAUGGCUUGCAUGAAGAUCUGAAUCGCGUCAAACACAAACCUUAUACUGAGGUGAAGGAGUCUGACGGCUCUCAAGACGAUGCUGCGGUGGCAAAGGAAGCGUGGCAACGUCAUCUGCUUCGCAACGACAGUAUCUUUGUGGAUCAUGUCCAGGGUCAAUUCAAGUCCACGGUUGUCUGCCCAAUUUGCAACAAGGUCUCGAUUACUUUCGAUCCGUUCAACUGCAUCCAGCUAGAGUUACCCCAGCAGCUGAACCGCCAGAUUGAGGUCAUCUUCGUCCCGAGUGAGCCAGGAAAAUCCAUGACGCGGUAUCUUGUCGAAGUACCCAAGAAGGGAAGCGUUCUUCUACUGAAGCGGGCACUGAGCAAACUGUGUGGUGUCAGUCCUAGCUCCCUGCUGGCGGCUGAUAUCUACCAGUCCAUGACCUACCGCAUUAUUGGAGAUACUGAGCGAUUGAACCGACUUCGAGAAGAUGAUCGCAUUCUCAUGUACGAGGUGAACGACAUUCCAACUGAAGAUUCUGUGCAGUACGGAUUCUUAUAUCACCGAGUAGGAUCCAUUUUGACAGGUGAUCCGUUGCUCUUCACGUACACUGCGUCGACUACUUGUGCCGAGAUGUUGGAAAAAUGGAGCGAGUUGCUCAGCACUCACGUCUCGCAGUCGUCGAGUGCCAAGAUCCCGGUCAACAUGCUAUCUCAAUGUGUGUAUCUAACAGACCGCGACGGCGUCUUGUUGCGUAACGAGCCUGUUCCUCCAGCUGCCGACUCGAAGUUUCUGGACUUUGCUACACUUCACAAUGAGGAAUCGCCGGACGAGUUAGUGUUCGUUUCGGUCGCCUGGUCUUCAUCGAUGCUGUCGUCGUCAGCUUCUCCCCGGCCUGACGUUGAGCGGAUUGUUAAUCACGAGAGUAUGCGCGCCAAGUCGAGUGGAUCUCGCUCCCACGAGGGCAUUUCUUUGGACGACUGUUUUCGGAACUUUGUCAAGCCGGAGACUCUGGACCAGGCGAACUUGUGGUACUGCAGCAAGUGUAAAGAGCACCGACAAGCGCGUAAAACCAUGGAGAUGUGGCGGCUACCAGAUGUGCUAGUGCUUUCUCUCAAGCGGUUCGAGUAUCGCAAUGAAAUUCUGCGUGACAAGUUGGACGUGUAUGUGGAUUUCCCACUCGAAGACCUUGACAUGUCGCCGUAUUGUCUUGAGAAGAGCGACGACAAGGACCAUCUAAGCUAUGACCUGUUCGCUGUGAGCAACCACUACGGCAGUAUGGGCUUCGGUCACUACACGGCUUUUGCCAAGAGCUGGAAGGACGAAGGCGAGAUGUAUCCGGGCUGGUACUCGUUUGACGACAGUCUAGUGGCACCAGCAAUGCCCGGUCAGGUCAAGUCCAACGCAGCGUACAUUUUGUUCUACAAACGCAAGAAUCUCCAGGUCGAGCCAACUCCUAGUAAAGACGCAAAACAGAGCUAAGUGAAUCGAAAUGCGUAGACAUACCAGGUUAACCGCGGGUUUCAAGCAAUGGACAUAAGCCAACGUAGACGCGUUAGUGUGAGGCCAAUUCUAGACUGAUCUUUUAUUUUGCAGUGACAACUUCCAUUCUUGUUUAUACUGUUU